AUGGCAAAUAUAAUAAAUUUUGUUGUUGGCCAAGCCUUCUAAGUUCUAAGCACUAAAGUCUUUUCUCUUUCUUUUUCCAGCCUUUUAUCUCAUGGGACAGACGGCAGGUUUGGGUUCGGAAGUGGUCGGCAGUGAGUUUGUUUGGCUAAGUACAACAGCAGCGGUAUGGUGUGCAAAUUUGGAUGUAAAAAGUGGUUUAUGUGCGUAGAUGAGUGGCACUGUUCAUUGCAAUGGCUCCUUGUUGCUUUGCAAUCCUGAAUUGCUGUAAAGGAAAUAGCAGCACCGAGGAACCGGCAGAAGGGAUUGCUGUUACCAACAAUGUACGCAUCUUUUCUUAUAACUCCCUGAGGUCGGCAACUAGGAAUUUUCAUCCAUCAAGCAGAAUAGGCGCUGGAGGUUAUGGAGUUGUCUACAAAGGAGUUUUAAGGGAUGGCACCAAUGUUGCAAUCAAAUCACUGUCUGCAGAAUCAACUCAAGGAACUCGGGAAUUCUUAACCGAGAUAAAUAUGAUAUCAAAUAUAAGACAUCAAAAUCUCGUUCAACUGAUUGGUUGUUGCAUCGAAGGCACACAUCGAAUUUUGGUGUAUGAAUACCUGGAAAACAACAGCCUUGCGAGUACUUUGCUUGGUACAAUGAGUAAACAUGUUGAUCUGGAUUGGCCAAAGAGAGCUAAGAUUUGUCUUGGUACAGCUUUGGGUCUUGCAUUUCUACAUGAGGAUGCUGAACCGUCUGUUGUUCAUAGAGAUAUCAAGGCUAGCAAUAUACUUCUUGACAGAAACUUUGAUCCUAAAAUAGGAGACUUUGGGUUGGCUAAACUUUUCCCAGACAACGUUACUCAUGUGAGCACUCGAGUUGCUGGAACUGUCGGAUAUUUGGCACCCGAGUAUGCACUUUUAGGACAGUUGACAAAGAAAGCAGAUGUAUACAGUUUUGGUGUGCUCAUGCUGGAAGUAGUUAGUGGAAGUAGCAGCAGUAAAACAGCAUUCGGAGAAGAGUUAUCGAUUCUCGUGGAAUGGACUUGGAAAUUAAAACAAGAAGGACGGCUUGUAGAACUAAUCGAUCCGGAACUGAUCGAUUAUCCGAAGGCCGAGGUUAUGCGUUUCAUCACGGUUGCACUCUUCUGUACCCAAGCCGCUGCAAAUCAAAGGCCAAGCAUGAAGCAAGUUGUGGAAAUGCUUUCAAGAGAGGUACACCUUAACGAAAAACUUUUGACAGAGCCUGGAAUAUACAAAGGACACAAAAUUAGUAAGUUAAAUGGCGCUGGCACUAGUUCUGAGGGAACUUCCUCCCAUGGACACAGAGGUAAAAAGGUUAUAAAGUCUGCUACAUCUUCGCCCCAAUUUAAUAGCUCAAAUAGUAUGACUCAAAUGCUUCCUAGGUAAUAAUACUUAAAACACUGCUUCUAUUCCUCUUGUAAUAUUUAAUAUUUUAGUUCCAAUCCCUCAAAUUUCUUUCUCAAACUUGCUCUUUUCCCCUUGUAGUUUUUAAGAUUUUAGAUAUAAUCCUCCAAUUCAUCAUGUCAUGUUUCCAUGGAUCUAGCUGUGAAGAGUGAGAAAUUUCACUUUUAGGAAGGCAUAACCCAACCAAACCAACCAAUAACUAGGGAUCAACUUGGUUAAGAUUCAUUACUUUAUCUUGUUGAUUGGGUUGGCUGUAUUUUUUUUUUAAAAAACAGCUGAUUUUGUACAAAUUUGAUUAUACUUAAUUUUAACUAAAAA